AUGAAUUCGUAUCAGAAAGCUGUAAAAUCGUUGAAUGAACUGGGAAAAUUAUUACACGAUGAACAUAGUUGUAUUAGCAAACCAUCAACUUCAUCCACAUCUGCUCGUGAUACACAAUCAAUCAUAAAUGAUUCCGCAUUAUCAAUCAAUCAAAUAUUUGAUGAUAUACUGAUGGAAGAUGAAAAAAAAUCACGAAUUAAAUUAUGCCAAAAAGAAUCAAUAGAUAUUUUAUCAAAUGUUAAUCAUAAUUUAUCAAAUGUUAAACAAACAACUAGCAAUUUAUUAUCAAAUGAUACAAAUCGAAUCAAUCAAUAUGAUAAGAGAUCAAUGCGUAUGACGCAAUCAGCAGUUGGAACUGAUACAACAUCAAAUUUUCGUAAUAAAUUUUCAAAAUUACAACUUAAAACAAAUUUUGAAUGUCAUGAUUAUGAUGAGAAAACUUCAUGUAAAAAAAUUGAAUUGAAAAAAUAUAUCGAAUUUGAUACUUCAUCAUUUUGGAAUAAAAAAUGA